AUGUAUUUGAGUGACCAGAUAUUGGGAAUUUCCUUCUUCUCUCAGACUGUGGUCAGCGUGCUGGGGAAUUCAGCUAUGUUCUUGUUGUACAUCCACAUCUUCAUGGCUCAGUCCCAGCAGAAGUGGCCCAUGUACCUGAUCCUCACCCACCUGACCGUGGCCAACACCAUGACCCUUCUCAUACGGGGCGUUCUAGAGACAAUGGUGGCCUUGGGGAUAAAGAAUAUCCUGGGUGACAUUGCGUGUAAGGUUGUAUUGUACAUCAGUAGAGUGGCCCGAGGCCUAUCUUUCUGCAUCACCUGUCUUCUGAGUGUGUUCCAGGCUGUCACCAUCAGUCCCAGCACCACCCAGGUCAAGCCCAGAGCCCUCCAUUACAUCCUCCCUUCUUUCUUCAUCUUCUGGAUCCUCAACUUGGUGAUCUAUAUCAUUUUAAUCAAAUCUGCCCAAGCCACUAAACAUAUCACGAUAAUAGAACACAUUUUAAUUUCAAAAUACUGUUCUGUGAUGCCCAAGAGUAAUGAGUUUAUGGCUAUAACUCCAAUUAUUACAACUUUCAGAGAUGUCAUCUUGGUAUGUCUCAUGAGCUGGGCCAGCGGCUACAUGGUGAUCGUGUUACACCGACACCACCAAGUUCAGCACAUCCACAGCACCAGCCGCUCCCCAAAAUACUCCACGGAGACCAGAGCCUUUGCCAUUCACACCAUCCUGCUGCUCGUCACCUGCUCCGUUUGCUUCUAUUGGCUGGACAGUUUCAUGAAUAUUUAUUUAAGGUUUGUGAAGGGAUAUAAGGGUGAGGUGCAGACCACAGUGGCCUUCCUGUCGACAUGUUUCCCCUCGAUCUCCCCCUUGGUGCUGAUCAUCAGGCACCGCUGCUUUCCCCAGGCCCACUCUCUCAUCAAGAAAGUGAAAUGUUCUGCUGCUUCUGGUGUUCCUGGGGAUACACAUAUCGUGGCUUACAUCCGUUAUCUCCCCGGUGUUCUCUGUGAAGACUCCAGUCUAUUCGGAUGA